UUUGUUUUGCCACUGCUAUCCUCGCCCCCCUGGCUCCGGCGAGGCGGCGGCGGCGGCGGCGGCGAUGGCUGCCUCGUCGCUGCGAAUGGACUUCCGCUCCUCGCAUCUGCUCGCUUUGACCCUGCCCUCUUUCCUGCUGUAUGCCCCCUGCCGCCCUGGUUCGACCCUCACUCUCGAGAUGCUUAGCCGCAGUGCUUUGGCACGGAGAUUUCUGCCAGGCGUCGGGUGAGGUUAACCGGCGCGGCGCAUGUUCCAUGGGCAUUGCGUCAAAAGCUUCAGGCCAUAGAUGUCCUCGAAAUUCUCUUUUCGGCGGCCUCCCGUCCCCAUCCCGGGUGCUGCUGGCCUCUCCCUCGUUCUCACCGCGGCUGCCUCCGCCCUGCGCACUGCAGGCCUCCUCGUCGUCGCCGGGCUUCACCUGAACUUCCUGCUUGCUUUGAAGAUCAUCCAUUUACUCAGACACCUUUCAGGAUGCAAUGUGAGUUCAAUUUUCUUUUCCGCUUCAAGUUCAUCAUCAUUUCUGCUUUUUCCCUUCCCGCGACAUGAGUAUGAUAUUCCAAUACUCUGUGUUUGUGAGUUUAAUUUUCAAUCCGAUUGGGUAAAUCAGUAUUUCAGACAUUUUGUCCUUUUGAUAGAAUAACUUUUUUUUAGAUUAAGGAAAAAGUUCUGGCCUCGAACAUUCAUGAGUGAAUGUCUAUAGCCAAAGUCUUACAUCGGCAGCACUUAGGCUGCCAUUGAUAGAAUAACUGGUUGCUUUCUAAUUAGUUUGCUGAAGUGGUUGAUCAUUUGAAACUAUAAUGUGUACUAGGAAAUCAAACAUGCUGUAAAAAAGAAAGUGCUGCUGAUAUCCACAAUAAGAAAUGCACAAGGAUGCUUAAGGUAAAAAGGAACAAAAAAAACUUGUCGUCUGAAAGUAAUAAGGGAAUCACUUUCUGCAAUCGAUUCAUUGACAGGGUAAGUUUUCAAAAGCUUAUAUUACUUCAUUUGUAGGUUCCUGAGGGUAUAGGGAAGCCAAUCUACAUAUAUAUUAUUAUUAUUAUUAUCAACUUGACUAGUCAUACUAAAACCAUAAAAGGUAGCAACGUGUUCUGAUAUUUCAUCUAUCAAUUUCUACGAAAGUUAGACUAUUCUGAGCUUAAGAACAUGCAUUCGAAAUGUGAGGACUUGUAGCGGUCAGCAGCAGAGAAACCCUAGAAGCUCAAUAAUAGGGAAUAUAUUGCAAGCCUGAACAUACUGCACAAGUGCACAUGGAAACUCUGUGGAACAAUAGCUUGGAGCCUGUUCCAUGGCACAUACAGCUUCACUCAUGGGCCAUUGCAAUUAAAUGCUGUGGGUGAACAAGCAAGACGUUUUAUGGAAUAGUGAAAGAGCACAUUUGGCAAGUGUGUGUAUGUAAAGAACUUUCAGAAUGGAACUCUGAUUGGUGGUGGAAGUCUUGCUCCAAGCAAACCUGUAAGUGUAUAUUGUUGAACUUGUCACUGGACUGGGAUAUCCUAUAUUUGAUAGUCUGUCAAAAAGAGUUAACAGCCAGCAGCUCUAAUUUUCAUCAUGCCAAAAGCUUCUGUGCUUCUUUUUUUUUGUAACUUGUAAGUUUCACGUUUCUGUUUCCAAGUUGAAAGGUGAGUAAACAGGAUCACUUGAUCACGUAGAUGCAAAAUGUGGCACUCCUGAACUUCUGGAAGCUCAGGUGGAUUUCCCAGCAGAAGAGCUUAUAACAGACAACUAGAACUGUGCCAAUGUUGCUCUGUAGUGCUGCUGAGCAUCACAUGUGUACUCGGAUCAAUCCUUAUCUUUCUUGUGUCCCAGACGCUCUGAAGGACAGGGACAACAAUGCCGCCAGUGAAUAGUGGUGCAGCUGGACCAAGCUCCACCUCCACCCAGGAAGGACCGGAAGCCACCACAAAGAAGUGCAACAAGCCUCAGUAUCGUCGGCUUACUCAGCAGCAGCUUCGAGCAUGCAAACCUAUAAUUACUUUUCCCAUUGCUAUUGCUGUAAUUGCGUCUGUGGGCAUAAUUUUUACUCUGAUAGGUCUCGGAUGCAUCGCAAUCUCAAAUAAGGUUGUUGAAGUGGCGUAUCGAUAUGAGACUGCAUGUCUACCAGAAAACAUGCAUAACAAUCCAGUUGCUUAUAUCCAAAACCCUUCACAAGAUAAAUCCUGCACAAGGGCGCUCAAGGUUCCUAAGGAUAUGAAGAAGCCAAUUUAUGUAUAUUAUCAACUCGACAGGUUCUACCAGAACCACAGAUGGUACGCGAGGAGCCGUAGCGUCAGGCAGCUGAGGGACCCCAGGAGUGCCAAGGACACGGGGCGCUGCGAGCCUGAAGCAACCGCGAACGGAAUCCCCAUCGUCCCCUGCGGGCUCGUGGCGUGGAGCCUGUUCAACGACACCUACAGCUUCGCUCGCGGCGGCAACGAAACGCUGGCGGUGAACAAGCGAGGCAUCUCGUGGAGGAGCGACAGGGACCACCUGUUCGGCAAGCAUGUGUACCCGAGGAACUUUCAGAGCGGGGGACUGAUCGGCGGCGGGACGCUUGAUCCAAGCAAGCCUCUGAGCGAGCAGGAGGAUCUGAUGGUGUGGAUGCGGACCGCGGCGCUGCCGAAGUUCAGGAAGCUGUACGGGAGGAUCGAGGAGGACCUCCGCGCCGGCGAGGUGGUCACGGUGGCCGUGCAGAACAGGUACAACAGCUACAGCUUCGGCGGGAGGAAGGCGGUGGUGCUGUCGACCGCCGGCGCGCUGGGCGGCAAGAGCAGCUUCCUCGGGCGCGCGUACCUGGCCGGCGGCGCGGCGUGCCUCGGCCUGGCGCUGCUCCUCACGCUGCUCGGUCUCCUCGGCCCUGUCCCAGUCGAUGAGGAACCCCGGCUCAGGCCUGCACGACGAUGAUCGCGCUCCCAAUCCAGUGCAUAAGCGUCCUACGCUGAUCGGCGAUUUCUUCUUUUGGAGCUUUGGUUGGUAGCUGUGUUUGUAAUCAAGAAUAAUGUACAGUCAGCAGUCACAGAUGUAAUCUGAUGUCAGUUCCAGUUGUUUGACUUGAAAUUAUCUAUAAAAAAUCUUCUAGUAAAAGCA